CGUCCGGACAUAUAUAGCCUUGCAUGCGCUGAUCAAAGGUCACAGCCAUUUCAGGUGCUGAGACAGGUGAUUGUCUUUGGGUGGAGCUGUGCGUCUUGCUGUACCGGGUGGUCACGGUGGAGGUAAGCCUGCCAGUGUGUGUGAUAGUCGUCCCACGUCACUGCGAGUGAUCUACAGCCGAGUUCAAAGGACACAAGCCCUGCCCUUGAGUCUGCCAGCGAGAGCGGAGCUGCGUUCUUUAUCAGGUGGAGGUUCUGCUGGGAGUCGGCCACUGCAGCCUCAGUCAUCCUGGGAAACACUUUCUUCUGCUGGAGCUACCCCACCAACCAGAGCCAAGAUGCCCAAAACAGUCAACGUUCGCGUCACCACUAUGGACGCAGAGCUGGAGUUCUCCUUCCACCCCAACACCACUGGGAAGCAGCUCUUUGACCAGGUUGCCAGGACCAUCGGCCUGCGGGAGAUUUGGUACUUCGGGCUGCAGUUUAUUGACGCCAAAGGAUUCCUCACAUGGCUGAACUCUGACAAGAAGGUGAUGGUCCAGGAUGUGAAGAGGGAGACUCCCCUGAAGUUCAAGCUGAGGGCCAAGUUUUACCCCGAGGACGUCAGCGAGGAGCUGAUCCAGGACGUCACCCGGAGGCUUUUCUUCCUGCAGGUGAAGGAGGACCUUCUGGGAGAGGAUGUCUACUGCCCUCCAGAGACCGCUGUGCUGCUGGGCUCUUACGCUGUCCAGGCCAAGUAUGGAGAGUACAACAAGUCAGUGCAUCAGCCCGGUUACCUGGCCUCGGAGCGCCUGCUGCCCAAGAGAGUGCUGGAACAACACAAGCUGUCCAAGGAUCAGUGGGAAGAGAGGAUCAAGGUUUGGCACGAGGAGCACGGAUCGAUGCUGAAGGAAGAUGCCAUGAUUGAGUACCUGAAGAUUGCUCAGGACCUGGAAAUGUACGGCGUCAACUACUUUGAGAUCAAGAACAAGAAGGGCACAGACCUGUGGUUGGGUGUCGACGCUCUGGGACUGAACAUCUACGAGAAGCAGGACAGGCUGUCUCCAAAGAUUGGAUUCCCCUGGAGUGAAAUUAGAAACAUUUCUUUCAAUGAUAAGAAAUUCAUCAUCAAGCCCAUAGAUAAGAAAGCUAUUGAUUUCAUAUUCUACGCCCCACGACUGCGAGUCAACAAGCGCAUCCUGCAGCUGUGCAUGGGCAACCACGAGCUAUACAUGCGCCGCCGCAAGCCCGACACCAUCGAGGUUCAGCAGAUGAAGGCUCAGGCCAGAGAAGAGAGGCUGCAGAAAAAGAGGGAAAGGGAUCAGCUGGAGAGUGAGAAGAAGAGGAGGGAGGCCAUCGAGAGAGAGAAGGAGAACAUGGAGAGAGAAAAGCAGGAUCUGAUGAUGAAGCUCUACGAGUAUGAAGAGACAACCAAGAGAGCGGAGAGAGAGCUUCAGGAGCAGCUGGACAGGGCCAUGAGGCUGGAGGAGGAGAGGAGGAGGGUGGAGCAGGAGGCGGCCCGGCUGGAGGCUGAGAGGAUGGAGGCCAUAAUAGCCAAGGAGGAGCUGGCCAGGCAAGCUGAGGACCAGAUAAAGAGCCAGGAGCAGCUGGCUGCGGAGUUGGCCGAGUACGGCGCCCAGAUCGCUCUGCUGGAGGAGGCCAAGAGGGCCAAGGAGGAAGAGGCUGAGUCAUGGCACAGCAAGGCCGUGGAAGUGGAGGAGAGUCUGAUAAAGACGAAGGAGGAGCUGUACAGUGUGAAGAGCUCUACCAUUUCAGCUCCCAUUUCAGCUCCCGUUGCCGCUCCUGCUUCCUCUUCCUCCUCCUCGUCCUCCUCGGACAGCGAGAGCGACCACGAGCACAGCGAAGAGAACAGCACCUACAGCGCCGAGCUGCAGACGCAGGACAUCAACGACCACCGCCAGGAGGAGGACCGACUCACCGAGGCCGAGAAGAACGAACGCCUCCAGAAACAGCUGAAGGCCCUGAGCUCAGAGCUGGAACAUGCCCGAGACGACAACAUGAAGACCCAGAACGAUCUGCUCCACGCCGAGAACGUCCGAGUCGGCCGCGACAAGUACAAGACCCUGCGUCAGAUCCGUCAGGGCAACACCAAGCAGAGGAUUGAUGAGUUUGAGGCCUUGUAGAAACCUCAGAGACCUGAAGAUCUCUCCCAGAUACCUCAUAAAGGCCCCCCCCUUUCAGCAAUGUGUGAUGUAAUUGCAGUCACACCUGAGUUUAGAGACCCAGAAAAGCAUAGAGCUGAUCUGUGUAAAAGUACCUCCAUGAGUUUUAGUUAUUUUUCGGUUUAACUUUUGCUUGACAGCACUGUUUUUCUUUUUUUAUAGCACUCAAACAUCUCCAAUGUGCUGUUUAGUCCCUUUUUAAAGCAUUAAAAAGCAGAACACUAGUGUUUCUGAUAUACUGUACGAACAAAGCUGGUAUGUGAGGUUUACUGUAGAAACUACAUAUAAACGAAGUUAUAUUACAGUUUGGCUCUGCGCUUUUGUUAUUAAAACUUAGAUUUAUUUAAUGAAUUGCAAUCACUGCCAUUUAGAACUGCUACUAACAGUUAUUUUUAUUAUUGAUUAAUGUGAUGAUUGUUUUGUCGCUUGAUUGUUUUUGUCUAUAAAAUGUGUAAAAAAAAAAAUGCCGAGCACGUGUUCCCAGAGCCCAACGUCAUGUCUUCAUAUUGCUUUAUUUGUCCAACCAGCAGCUCAAAAUCCAAAUAUAGUGAAUGUAUAAUAAUAGAGACAAACAGCAAAUCCUCAUAUUUGAGAAGCUGAAAGAAAAGUGUUGAUCAGCUACUUGAUUAAUCCAUUAAUAGUUUCCACUCUACUGCCACCUGUUGUCUAAAUAACAACAGUUUAUUUAACUAGUUUUAAUGUCCUUAUGAUGAUUUUAAAAUGAAUUGGUUUUAUGAUUUCACUAAGUACAGGAAUAUUUUCGACGUUUGGAUGUUAUUUAAAUUACGAUCUGAAGUGUUUUCAUUCUGGAUUUAAAGGAUGUUUCCAUCCUGUUUAUGUAAUGUCAUUAUUUCAGGUAAAAUCUACAUACAAGAGGACGUGUAGGAUUAAAGUAUGGAUCUUUUAAAAGGUCCGACCUGCCUCUUAAAGCUAUAAUAUGUAACAUUUCCGCAUUAAAAUGUCCAUAAACA